CUCACCCAUCUACUCCUUGAUCUAUCUGCAAUGCGGACUUGAUUUCGACGAGCUGCGUGUUCAGUCUUGUGCCAGUUCGCCAGCCUGAGAGCCAGCGCAGGACCGGGUCCAAUCGCUCGCACACAUCUCCCGCGGAAGCGUCAGAAUUCUGAACCCUCUUGCCCCAUUCUUCAGCGCUCAAGCCUCUACGUGAUACUUCCCAGGCGCAUACUCGCCGGCAGCAUUCCUGUGCGAGUAGAUAUCUGACACGCAGAUUGUCUGGUCUGACGAAGUCCGGCGCUUGUUUCACCCCAUCACUUUGCACGGCCAUUUGGGCGGCAUGCCUCUCUUUCCUUCGGUAUAUGAUCCUCUCCUAAUAGUCCACCAGCUAUGCCUCCCGACGCUCUAGCUAUGAAGUUCCCAUCCACCGAUCCCAGCGCGGCGUCCAUCUCCAGCGGCAGCGUAUCGAUUAUAUCCGACCAGCAGCAACAGCAUGCUCUCACACACGGCUUGCGCUCGCAAUUCGGCCAGCUUCUCCCCCGGCAUGCUCUCUUUCACGCCCAUGUGACCAUCGAGCAGCUCUCCAAUGUACCACUUAUGCGCGGGGAAUUUGCUGUACGCUGGAAGUUCAAGCACGUCCAGUCGCGCUCCCGGCUACUGUCCAAAAUGAAGAAAGGCAGUAGCAGCCACGGAUUCAGGGGCAAGGGCAAGGGGCGUGCGGACAAUCUCGGUCUCGCGAUCGAAGUCACGCCUGCAGAGGGAGACCAUGCAGGUCAUGGAGGGGCAGGAACCAAUGACGCAGACACUGACGGAGAGAGCAGUGCAGCCAACGAGGCAGGGACAGGCACCGAGGAUGAAAUGAAUUCACCAGAGACACACAGAAAUAGUUAUGGCGAUCUUCUUACCGCACACCCUCACACGCCAGGGACCGCCGUCCCACCUGCAUCACCUGCGUCUACCCCCACCCCGCGCACACAGCCGAUCCACAAGACGCCAUCGAGCGAGUCGAACGAAUCGUGCGCGGUCGCGCGAGGGGCGACGCCGUGGCGACCGCUGCAGAGCUACAAUGUGAAGUGGGACCACAACGUGCGCGUGCUUGUCCAGAUGCAUGUGCAUCGUGAGACGCGUGCGCUUCUCCCUAAUGAGCUCAAGCUCAUCGUGAUGCAGAGAGUCAUUCCUGGUGACCCGGACGCCCCACGCCAGCCCCGUCUCGGUGCUAUCUAUCUCAACCUUGCAGAGUACGCAGAUGCGGGUCCAGUAACGCGGCGCUACCUCUUGAGGGAGAGCAAGACGAAUGCGACGCUCAAGCUCACCAUUGAGCUCACUCACGCUGGCGGUACCACAGACUAUCGCCCCCCGCCGCUGCACAAAAGCGAGAUUCUCGCGUCCGUGACCGGCCUCCUUGAGCAGAACGACCGCCUCCGAACGAGCCUCGCGCGCGAGGUCGACGCGUACACAUAUCCCACCCCUUCCUCCCCUUCCUCCUCCCUACCCCCGGAAGGGUCCGCAGAGCACCCGUUCAUGCGCGCGGACGGCACACCCGAUGGCGAGCGUCUCGCAUAUGCGCAUGGACUGCGCGAUACGGAGGCCCUUAUCGAGACGCUCUUCAAUCCCGUCCCCGUCUCCACGCGGGCUACGGACCCGUCGCCAUUCACGUACUAUGCGCCCGUCCCUCAGUCACCUGCGCCCUCUGCGCCGGGCCUGGGCGAGCGCACCUGCUCGCGCUCGGGGUCGACGGAUGCGUCGAGCGUGCUUUCGGUCGGCGCGUGCUCCGUACGCAGUAUGUCGGUGAGCGGCGGGAGCGACGCGGGCCCGCGCGUCAGCGUGGAGAAACCUGCCGUGGAGAGUUCGCCAGAGAUCCCGGUUGCGACGCUUGAGCAUGGCGAGGACCACAGGACGUGGUGGCGAAAGAUUCGUAGUCGCCCGGGCACGCCUGUUGGGAGGACGUACAAGCUCCCUUUGCCUCGACAAACCGAGGUCGCGAACGCAUAGAUCCUCUGUUUACAUAACUUAUCGUCUUCGUUUUCUCUUGUUCGUAAUUGGGGUACGGACAUCCUUAUCCUUCGUCACCGUAGUUUCCGGUUUUCCCUGAGUCAUUCCAGGCUAAUGGUGCUCAUGCCGUUCGUUCGCUCUUUACCUCGCUCAUGGACAUUUCUUCAUCUCAUACGCCCGCGCACAGUGCUCAAUAUGCACGUAUCGUGCUAGUUGACUCAACAGCACUCAUCCUUCCAUACACAUCGAACGCAAGUAC